UAUAUGGAUGCAUCUCAGCUUUUUGGAGAUUUUCCUAUCUAUAUGGGUCUUUCCUCAUUCGUGGGAACAUAUUGUAAUAGUAGCCUACAAUCAGGGAAGAGAAAUUUCCUCGCCUGACGCGGAGGUUUUAGGAUUUUUUUUUCCUAGGCAAUGGGGCGGAGUCGAGGGAUCUAGACAUGAAAGAAAAAUGGCGACGCUCGUGUUGGAUAACGGCGCUUAUAAUGCCAAGAUCGGGUACAGUCAUGCUCAUGUCAGUGUCAUUCCCAAUUGUCAGUUCAGAUCAAAGACUGCUCGUUUGAAAACAUUUACAGCUAACCAACUGGAUGAAAUUAAAGAUCCAUCUGGACUUUUUUAUAUUCUCCCUUUUCAGAAGGGAUACUUGGUUAAUUGGGAUGUUCAGAGACAAGUAUGGGAUUAUCUUUUUGGAAAAGAAAUGUAUCAGGUAGAUUUUGUUGAUACUAAUAUAAUCAUCACAGAACCUUAUUUCAACUUUAGCUCAAUUCAAGAAUCCAUGAAUGAAAUAUUAUUUGAAGAAUACCAAUUCCAAGCAGUUCUCCGGGUAAAUGCUGGAGCUCUUAGUGCCCAUAGAUACUUCCGAGAUAACCCAUCAGAAUUGUGUUGUAUUAUUGUGGACAGUGGAUAUUCUUUUACACACAUUGUGCCUUACUGCAGAAGUAAAAAGAAAAAAGAAGCAAUAAUAAGAAUUAACGUUGGAGGAAAACUCUUAACCAAUCAUUUAAAGGAAAUAAUCUCUUACAGGCAGCUCCAUGUUAUGGAUGAAACUCAUGUGAUUAAUCAAGUGAAAGAAGAUGUAUGUUAUGUUUCACAAGACUUUUUCAAGGAUAUGGAGAUUGCCAAGUUGAAAGAAGAAAAUACAGUGAUGUUGGACUAUGUCUUACCAGACUUCAGCACAAUAAAAAAAGGAUUUUGUAAGCCAAGAGAAGAAAUGGUGUUAAGUGGAAAAUACAAAACUGGUGAACAAAUACUUCGUCUUACAAAUGAGCGAUUUGCAGUUCCAGAAAUACUCUUCCAUCCUUCAGAUAUUGGCAUUCAAGAAAUGGGAAUUCCUGAAGCCAUUGUUUAUUCAAUUCAGAAUUUGCCAGAAGAAAUGCAGCCUCAUUUCUUCAAGAAUAUUGUUUUAACUGGUGGGAAUUCUCUAUUCCCUGGCUUUAGAGAUCGUGUUUAUUCUGAGGUUCGAUGCCUCACUCCAACAGAUUAUGAAGUUUCAGUUGUUCUACCAGAGAAUUCUAUUACUUAUUCCUGGGAAGGUGGAAAGUUGAUUUCUGAAAAUGACGAUUUCGAAGAUAUGGUAGUAACAAGAGAAGACUAUGAAGAAAACGGGCAUAGCAUAUGUGAAGAAAAAUUUGAUAUUUAAAUAGAUUAUUUCCAUAAAAGUGUUGUAUAGAUUGUCCAUUGUAAUGGCAAGAUGUCUUAAGCUGGUGCUGUUUCCUAGAAUAACCAAUAUUGAUGAACUGAUUAUAUAUGUGUGUGUACUUAUUUGUGUACAUAAGUAUAAUGUAUACUUACGUAUAUAUGUGUUAAGUGUAUAUAUUGGUUAUUACUGAUCACUGAAUUUAUGGUAAAUAUAGGAAUUCUAAUGAAAAUAACUACAAAUAAUUCCUUAAAGGAAGUAAGUUAAUAUAUCAGAAUAUUUUGUGGCAGAGAUGACUUACAAAUUUUUAAAUGUACAGUACAUAUGAAACAUUUAGAUUUUAGAAAGAUAAUUAUAAUUCAAAUGUAAGAAAGCUAGUUCAUCUUUUUAAAAAUAUUUAAUCUUGAUCAAUUUAAUAAAUGGGCAAUUUUA